AUGCUGGAUCAAUCCUAUGCCUAUGGAAGAUCACCUCUCACACCAGACUCGAAAUCCAAAAGACUUCGCACGUAUCUGUUCGGCGGCCGGAUCUCUCAUUCUCACUCACCGGCCAUCAAUUCGAGAUUGUUCGCUUCCGCUGGCGCAUCAUGGACCUACGAGCUCUGCGAGACCACCGACCCUCAACGCUUCUUGGAUGUUUUGCAUCAACCCGACUGCAUCGGGGCGUCGGUCACCAUGCCCAACAAGGUCACGUUCAUGGCCGCAUUGGAUGACCUCACGGAAGAGGCCCGGGCCAUCGGGGCCGUGAACACCGUCUUCAUCCGGCUGGACAAGCAAGGACGACGCCGAUACAUUGGGACGAACACAGACUGUGUCGGCAUCCGGGAGACCUUGUUGCAUAAUUCCCCGGCUAUCCUCGACAGUGCGUAUGGCCGAGCUGCACUGGUCAUCGGCGCGGGUGGGGCCGCUCGAAGUGCCCUUUUCGCCCUCUGGACGUGGUUCCAGCCGUGUGAGAUCUAUCUGACAAACCGGCUGAAAUCAGAGGCUGACGACCUAAUUGGAGGAAUCCAGAAAUCCAUCCCUGGCAUCAAGGUGCGCUAUCUCGACAGUGUGGCGGAAGCACAGCGACUGCCGGCCCCAGGGAUCGUGAUUGGAACUGUUCCGGAUCACGAGCCUCGCGAGGCGGGCGAGCUCUUGUCAUGGAAAAUCUGCGAAGUCUUUCUGCGCAGCAGAGAUGGUGGUGGCAAAGGAGCCGUACUGGAUAUGUGCUACCAGCCGGCACGAACAAGACUGAUAAAACUAGCAGAGCAGUGCGGCUGGGCUAUUAUGCUGGGGACUGAAGUCUUGGUCCGUGUGGGAGUUGCACAACAGACUCUCUGGCUCGAACGAGGGCCUGACUCGUGUGGUGUCCGUCAGGCCCUGCGUUUCAUGCAGCGAACGUCUCGGCUGUGA